AUGGCCGGACACAGGCCCUCAAACUUCCCCGUGCCGGGCACUGGUGGCGACAGGCCCGCAGGGCCAGUGCCGGUGCGGGCUGACACUCCGAUCGGGUUGAGAGCCCAGGCGGCCCCCGGCAGGCUGAUGGUCCUGCCAGGGGUCAGGCCGGGGAUGUGCCCAGGCCCUGAGGUGUGGCCGCUGUCCCCAGGUCCCCCGCCGUGCGAAUUCCGGGACGAGAUGAUGCCUUGCCGGCCCCGGGUCGGAGCUGGCGGGGUGAGCGCUUGGUUCCCAAGACCCUCUGAGGUCGCCUUCCCCGGGCCCGGCCUCGUCCUGCAGUGCAUCCCGACGCUGGCGCUGCCAGAAGACACCUCGGCCGCAGAGAAGGAGAUGGAGCAGCUGGCCAAGGAGCUGAGGCAGAAGAGGAUGACCCUGGGGUACUCUCAGGCCGACGUGGGGUUCGCCAUGGGGGCUCUUUUUGGAAAGGCGCUGAGCCAGGCGACCAUCUGCCGCCUCGAGGCCCAGCAGUUGAGCCUCGCCAACAUGUGGAAGCUGCGACCGCUGCUGAAGAUGUGGCUGGAGCAAGUGGACAUGGAGAACCUUCUGGGCUUACGCAAAAUGGAGACGAUCCUGCAGCAGGCUCGGAAGCGCAGACGGGCAUACAGGGAGAGACGCAUCGGAAGCAGCCUGGAGAAUCUCUUCCUGCAGUGCCAGAAGCCCACACCCCAGCAGAUCAGCUGCAUCGCUGGGCAGCUCCAGCUGCAGGAGGACUUGGUCCGAGUUUGGUUCCAUAACCGGAGCAAGAUGGGCAGUCAGCCAAGCAAUGAUUUCUCCCCACUGGUGGAGGUGGGGACUGUCGGACCUCCUCUCCCAAGAGGACCAGUGUGCUUUCCCCUGACAUCGGGACUCCAUUUCUGUUCCCCCCAUUAUGGGGGACCCUACUUUACACCUUUGUACCCUGCCCCUUUCACUGCGGGAGGAACCCUCCUCUCUGUCCCAGCCACCACCCUGAGCCUCCCCAGGCUUUCCAGCUGA